CUGCCGGCGCACACGCGGGCCCUGGGCCACCCUCGGGCUGAGCUGAGGACAGACACGGGGGGCUCGCCAUGGAGAAAGCCCGGCCGCAGUGGGAUAACUCACUGCAGUUCGUGUUCGCCUGCAUCUCCUACGCCGUGGGCCUGGGCAAUGUGUGGCGCUUCCCCUACCUGUGCCAGAUGUACGGCGGAGGCAGCUUCCUGGUCCCCUACGUCAUCAUGCUGUUCGUGGAGGGAAUGCCGCUCAUGUACCUGGAGCUGGCCGUGGGGCAGCGCAUGCGGCAGGGCAGCCUCGGCACCUGGAGGACCGUCAGCCCCUACCUCGGCGGAGUCGGCGUCGCUAGCAUGGUGGUCGCCUUCUUCGUCUCCACGUACUACAACAUCAUCAACGCCUGGGGCUUCUGGUACCUCUUCCACUCCUUCCAGGACCCCCUACCGUGGUCUGUCUGCCCACUGAAUGGAAACCACACGGGCUACGAGGAGGAGUGCGAGAAGGCUUCGUCCACGCAGUACUUCUGGUACAGGAAAACUCUCAACAUCUCGCCGUCCAUCCAGGAGAGCGGGGCCGUGCAGUGGGAGCCGGUGCUCUGCCUCGUCCUGGCCUGGCUGAUGGUGUAUCUGUGCAUCCUGCGGGGGACCGAGUCCACUGGCAAGGUGGUCUAUUUCACCGCCUUGAUGCCCUACUGCGUGCUUGUCAUCUACCUGAUCAGAGGCCUCACGCUUCACGGAGCUACCAACGGCCUGGUGUACAUGUUCACUCCCCGGGUAGAGCAGCUGGCCAACCCCAAGACCUGGAUCAACGCGGCCACGCAGAUCUUCUUCUCUCUGGGCCUGGGCUUUGGCAGCCUCAUCGCCUUCGCCAGCUACAACGAUCCCUCCAACAACUGCCAGAAGCACGCCAUCAUUGUGUCCCUCAUCAACAGCUCCACCUCCAUCUUCGCCAGCAUCGUGACCUUCUCCAUCUACGGCUUCAAGGCCACCUUCAACUACGAGAACUGCUUAAACAAGGUGAUCCUGCUGCUGACCAAUUCUUUUGACCUUGAAGAUGGCUCUGUGACAGCCAGCAACCUGGAGCAGGUGAAGGACUACCUGGCCUCCGCUCACCCGAGCACGUACAAGGAGGUGCUCCCACACCUUAAGAACUGCAGCCUGGAGUCGGAGCUGGACACGGCCGUCCAGGGCACGGGCCUGGCCUUCAUCGUCUAUACGGAGGCCAUUAAGAACAUGGAGGUGUCCCAGCUGUGGUCGGUGCUCUAUUUCUUCAUGCUGUUGCUGCUGGGCAUGGGCAGCAUGCUGGGGAACACGGCGGCCAUCCUCACCCCUCUGACCGACAGCAAGGUCAUUUCCAGAUACCUGCCCAAGGAGGUCAUCUCAGGUCUCGUGUGCCUCAUCAGCUGUGCCAUCGGCCUGCUGUUCACCAUGGAGGCCGGGAGCUACUGGUUUGACAUCUUCAAUGACUACUCGGCCACGCUGUCGGUGCUGCUGGUGGUGCUGGUGGAGAUCAUCGCCGUGUGUUACGUGUAUGGGCUGAGGAGGUUUGAAAGUGACCUUCAAGCCACCACAGGCCGGGCGCUCAACUGGUACUGGAAGGCCAUGUGGGCCUGCGUGAGUCCGCUGCUCAUCGUCGGCCUCUUUUUCUUCUAUGUGACCGACUACAUCCUCACAGGAACCCUGCAGUACCAAGCCUGGGACGCCACCCAGGGGCGGCUGGUGACGAAGGAUUACCCCCCGCAGGCGCUGGCCGUCAUCGGGCUGCUGGUGGCCUCCUCCACCAUGUGUAUCCCCCUGGUGGCCCUGGGGACUUUCUUCAGGCACCGAUUCAGGAGGGGAGGCUCAGCCCCCGUGGCCUGAGAUCUGGACCCCCCCCCUCCACCCCCCCAGACCAGUCAACAGCCACUCACCUUUUCACUACUGUCCAGAAGCUGGAGGGUUGGUGUUUGUUCUCCAAAGUCCUCAGCCUGCCAGGAACCUGGCCCAUGAAGGAGGAUGAGGAAGAAGGGGUGAAGGAAGAGGGCUCUGUCCAGAGAAAACCCACGCUCCUCAGGAAGACGCUGCUCGCCCCCUGCCGGCCCAAGGCCACACCAGGCAGCUUCCAAGGUCAUCAAGGGUGAAGGCCCAUCUUGAAGAUAACUGUGCCCUUCAUUCUAGAAAGAAGAAAACAACAUAUUCCAAGAAUUAAGGUACCACGUGAGCUGAAGUCUGACAAUCAUCCUUACCACGCAAAACUUGAGCAAUCUGGGAUGUUGCUGGAGGGAACACCAAAAUAUCAGAAGGCAAUUGUUUUUGAGAUCGGUGUCAGGAGUUUCUGAACUAUCCAAGGUGACAUCUUUGACUAUGGUUGGGGUCAGAUUAAUUGUCUUUUCCUUGUUUUAAGUCGCGGUCAAUGUGCAAUUUCCCUAUCUACCUUCUCCUAAAUGCUUUCGGGACUGACAGGCCAUGAAGGAAGACCUUCAUUUAGGACUGCCAAAGGAGUCAGCUUUCUCUAAUUUAAAUUCACCAGGACCAAUUUUCGCCGUAAAAAGUUUCCCCCAGCUAGAGUUUUCAAGCCACAGGAAGAGUUGUACAGAUCCUGCCUUGCAUGGGGUCCCAGUGCCUUGCGAAGUGCCAGAAAUUUCUGUGAGAAUAACAGACCGGAGCCAACUUCCCCAUAGACUGAAUGCUAAUAUUUGGACAUUGUAGCCAACAAAUGUCACUUGGGAACCAACUUUAAAUUAUUUAUGUAUGCGUAGGAAAGUUUUCUAAAAUGUACAUAAAUCGCACACAGAGUCUUGUCACUGAAGAUAGUCUAUAUUUAUGAUUGUAGCAUUAACCCAUCAGAGAAUGUCUUUUUUUUUUUUUACUGCAAUAAAGUGGGUCAAGGUUACCCUAAAAUGA